AGAACAUGGAGCGAGAUGGAUUUUUGGCUAAUUUUCUCACUGAUUGAACGUUUUAUCUUAAUACAGUUUUCUGUUCCAAAAACUAAAAUAUGUUACGAAUAGAGUGAACUAAGUUUAGUCAAAUUUACCCUUUGCAAAAGUAGUAAAAAAAUGCGUUGUUUAUAAGUAGUACAACGGCGAAUUGAGUUAUUGCACACGCGCAUUUCAGAGUAGGCGUUUCUUAACGAAAAUAUGCAAAUUAUAGCUAGAACGCGCCAAUAGGAUCGCUCUUUGUUAGACCAAUCGAAAGAGAAAGGGGCGGGAUAAAUCUAUACGACGCUAUUUGCUGCUGGGGAAACUGAGUUUUGGGGUUGUGCAGUAUUUUUGCCGGGCGGAAACUCCCGCCAUUUUUUCCAACCCAGUAAUUCAUCUCGUGCAUAUUUCAAUUAAGUUAUUACAACCCUUUACUAUCAUUGUAACAACUUAAACUUUCAUGGACGGAAACUGCGAGUCAAAAAAAAAAAUCGCUCAGUGAGAAGAGGCCUAGUCUUUGAGACUGGAGUGGAGAGCGCGCCAGACCCCCUGACGAGAAUCUCCGCUGUUGCCGCGAGUUGGAGAAUUCUGUCAGCUCGCCUCUCCAUCCUCCUUUGGGACAAGCUAGCAGAAGUUUCUCCGGAUAGCCUACCCGAAGAGUCCAUUAUCAUUGCACAUUUUUAAACAGCUGUUUUUGUCAAGUUUGUGUUGAUUAACAAUGUCACAACUACCGGCGAACAGAACAAGGAUGCGAUUUGACUGCUAGCAAGAAGUGCUGUGUUAUUGUUUGCGAGGAUUUAGCCGACUUGCUAGGUUAGCUAGCUAGAUGCUACACGUUGAAUGCUCCUGGAAUAUUUUUGGAUACUUGACUACAUGCUAAGGCCAUAUUGUCAUAUUUUGCGUAGUUUUGUGGUAGGAGUUUUAUUUUUUAAGACGUCAUCGCUGCCGUUUCGUAUUCAGGAUGGCACCACUGCUGGGCCGGAAACCCUACCCGCUGGUUAAGCCGCUAGCCGAGCCGCCAGGCCCAGAGGAGGAGGAGGUCUACAUUAUCGAACACACCAAGGAGGCCUUCAGGAACAAAGACGAGUAUGAGGCGCGCCUGCAGAGAUACGCAGAACGCAUCUGGACAUGCAAGAGCACCGGCAGCAACCAGCUCACACACAAGGAGGCCUGGGAGGAGGAGCAUGAAGUCACUGAACUGCUUCAGGAGGAAUACCCACUAUGGUUUGAGAAGCCCGUCCUGGAGAUGGUCCACCACAACACGGUCUCCCUGGACAAGCUGGUGGACCAGGCCUGGGUGGAGAUCCUCACCAAGUACGCCAUAGAUGAGGAGUGUGACUUUCUGGUGGGGAAGGAAAAGAGUUUGCGGGUUAAGGUUGUGAAGAUACACCCGCUUGAGGGGAACGCUGAGGGGGAGACCUCAGAGAAGAAGCUAGAGGGAGCCUGCGACUCUCCUUCCAGCGACAAGGAGAAUGCAAGCCAGGAGAACCAGAAGAAGGAACAACAGCUGCCCAGAGAGGAGGAGAGCCCCAGGGAGACUAGGGAAAGCAAGAGAGAGAGCCUCAGUGACCGAGCACGGCGCUCCCCCAGGAAAACUCCCACCGCUAUGAAGGAGGAGAAGAAGAGAUGGGUGAUGCCAAAGUUCCUGCCACACAAGUAUGACGUGAAGCUGAUCAGUGAGGACAAGGUCAUCAGUGAUGUCCCAGUGGACAGCCUCUUCCGGACUGAGCGCCCACCGACCAAGGAGAUCAUGCGCUACUUCAUCCGCCACUAUGCACUCCGGCUUGGGAUGGGAGAGACGGCCCCCUGGGUGGUGGAGGAUGAACUGGUGAAGAAGUUCAACUUGCCCAGCAAAUUCAGCGACUUCCUCCUGGAUCCACACAAGUUUUUCACAGAGAAUCCAGUCUCAGCCAAGCGCAAGAGCCUGAGCUCAGAGGGCAAACCCAGUAAGAAGCUGAAGACCUCGAACAACCCGGGAGGAGGGAAUUCGGGGAACGAGAAGAAAAAUGAUUCUCUCGGCAUGCCCCUGAGCCCUACAAUCUGGGGCCACAUGCAGAUGAAAAUGAAUGGCUCGCCUCUAAAGGUAAAGAACUCCGGAACCCCCAAGAAAAGAGAGGGUGGGGCUUCUGUACUCUCCUCCCCCAAAUCCAGCAAAAAACCUGGAGACAAGAAAUCUGCUACUGGCAAAAAGACCCCCGGCAAGAGCGGCCAGAAGGCAUCAUUCAAAAAGGAUGAAAAGGGUGGAGGUGCCAAGAAGCCCAAGAUGAAGCAAAUGACUCUGUUGGACUUGGCCAAGAGCCCUCAUUCCGCUGGAAGCCCCAAGAAGAGAGCCCGGAGCACCGGCCCAGGGACCCCCAAGCUUGGCAAGUCCCUGCACCCCAUGGCCCUGCAUCUGCUGCGCUACUACAAGGAGCACAAGGGCAAGGAGGACAAGAGGAACGCCAUGUCCUGUCUCAUAUCCAAGGCGGCCAAGGCCCUCUCGCCUGAGGACCGGGGCCGGCUUCCUGAGGAGCUCUGCGAUCUUGUCCUGAAGCGUUGGGAGUUGCUGGAGCACAAGAAGAAAUGGGCGGCCAUGAGCGAGGAGGAGAAGCGGGACGUGAUGAGGAAGAGGCGUGAGGAGAUCAAGGAGAAGCUCCGGGAGAAGACUAAGGAGCGGCGGGAGAAGGAGCUGCAGGUGCGCCGUGAGCAGCAGCGCCGCUAUGAGGACCUGGAGAUCGAGGGCGGCAAGGCACUACCUGUCUUCAAGCUGGUCGACAUGCCAGAGGGCCUGCCCAAUUCCCUGUUCGGAGAUGUGGCCAUGGUGGCGGACUUCCUCAACUGCUAUGCGGGCCUGCUAAUGCCCGAUGACCAGUACCCGGUGACGGCAGUGGCCCUGAUGGAGGCUCUGGCCGGGGAGAAGGCAGGUUUCCUCUACCUGAACCGUGUGCUGGUGGUGCUGCUGCAGACCCUGCUGCAGGACGAGCUGGCCGAGGGCUACAGCGAGCUGGACAUGCCUCUAUCGGAGAUCCCCCUCACCCUCCACUCUGUCUCUGAGCUGGUGCGCCUGUGCCUGCGGCCGUGUGAUGCCCACGGCGAUGACUCGGGCUCCGGGGGGGAUGAUUGGGGCCCCCUAGGGGGCUUCGACCAGGUGGUAAGCAGUGAGUUCCUUGAGCGGCUGGAGGCGGUGGAGGUGUUCGAGUUGACGUCAACGGAGAAGGCCAGCCUGCUGGUGGCACUGUCUCACCGCAUCCUCAUGACCUACUCGGUGGAGGACCACGUGGACUCCAUGCAGCAGCGCUCGGCCGAGCUGUGGAAGGAUAGGCUGGCCUCGCUCAAGGAGGUCAACGACCGCAAGCGGGCUGAGAAGCAACGGCGCAAGGAACAAGCUGAUGUCAAAGGCGAAGAGGCUGCCAGUGGCGACACGCCGUCAGCCACCAUCAAGGUGGAGAAGAAGAAAGAGGGUAGCACCAAGAAAGAGGUGAAGGUGAAAGCAGAGCCGGUGGCCGCGGAGCCGGAAGACAUGAUCAGUACGGUUAAGAGUAGGAGGCUGAUGUCCAUCCAGGCCAAGAAGGAAAAGGAGGAGCAUGACAGACAGAACAAAGAGCGUAUGGAGAAAGAGGCGGAGGAGGAGCGUGUCCGCAAGCAGAAGGCUGCAGCGGAGAGGGCCUUCCAGGACGGCAUCGCCAAAGCCAAACUGGUGCUGAGGAGAAUCCCACUGGGAACUGAUCGAAACCAUAACAGGUACUGGCUGUUUUCUGAUGUUGUGCCUGGCCUGUACAUAGAGAAGGGCUGGGUGCACGACAGCAUUGACUACAGUUACACCCUCCCCCUGGAAGAGGCUACAGCCGAGCCUGAGGACGAGGAGGCUACCAAAGAGGAGACUAAUGAUGUUGAGGAGGACGGUGGCAGUCUAGAUGGUGCUCUGAGCGAGGGAGCCCACCAGGGGGUGCUAGCCGCCGUCUGCAUCGAGACCACCACUCCCAACCAGGGACAGAACCUCUGGUUUGUGUGUGAUGCUCCACGGGAACUCGAUGACCUGGUGGAGAGCCUCCACACGCAGGGUGUGAGAGAGAGUGAGCUGAAGACCAAGCUGCAAGUCAGGUACCAGGAUAUCCUCCACUCUAUCAACCUGGCCCGCAAGGGGAACCCGGGGCUGAGGAGCUGCGACGGCCACCAGGAGCUGCUUAAGUACCUGCGCAGCGAUGUCAUCGAGGUGGCCUCGCGCCUCCAGAAAGGCGGCCUGGGUUACAUGGACGACAGCAUGGAUGAGUUUGAGAGAAAGGUGCGUGACCUGGAGAACCUAAAGGACUUUGGGGAGUGCGUCAUCACCCUCCAGGCCUGCGUCAUCAAGAAGUUCCUGCAGGGCUUCAUGGCCCCCAAGCAGCAGAAGAAGAAAAAGCAGGAAGGGGAGGAGAGCAGGAAAACUGAGGAGGUGGAUGAGGAGAAGAAACUGGCGGAGGAGGCAAGGGUGGCGACGGCAGUAGAGAAAUGGAAGACGGCGAUCCGCGAGGCCCAGACCUUUUCCCGGAUGCACGUGCUGCUGGGCAUGCUGGACGCCUGCAUCAAGUGGGACAUGUCGGCAGAGAACGCACGCUGCAAGGUGUGCCGCAGGAAAGGUGAGGAUGACAAGCUCAUCCUGUGUGACGAGUGCAACAAGGCCUUCCACCUGUUCUGUCUGCGCCCCGCCCUCUACCGCAUCCCCCAGGGGGAGUGGCUGUGUCCCGCCUGCCAGCCCGCUGUGCAAAGACGCUGCUCCCGCGGAAGAAACUACAAUGAGGACACUGAGGAAGAGGAAGAUUCUGAGGGCGAAGAGGAGUCUGAAUCCGAGGACUCUGAUGAAGAGGAUAAGGAGGAUAAUGAUUACAAGGCCGUGGGCCACAGCUUGAGAUCAAGGAAGAAGACAAAGAACUCUAAAGCAUUGAAGGCGCCCAGUAAGGCGUCUAAGAAGCACUCUCCCCCCAGUAAACCCAGCAAACAGAGGGCCGCCCCUAGCAGUCCUGCAGACAUCGACGAGCUGGUGCGUCAGAGCUCAAAGACAGGUGUGCGUCGGCAGGCCCUGGAGCUGGAGAGGAGCGAGGAGAUCCUGCAGAAACUGGUCAAAUUCCGCUACAGCUGGCCGUUCAGAGAGCCGGUGUCAGUAGAGGAGGCGGAGGACUACUUUGACAUCAUCUCCAGCCCCAUGGACUUCCAGACCAUGCAGGCCAAGUUCAGCGAGGGCCAGUACCGCCACGCCCAGGACUUCCUGGAGGACGUCAAGUUGGUGUUCUCCAACGCCGAGGAGUACAACCAGACGGGCAGCUCGGUGCUCUCCUGCAUGGCCAAGACGGAGCAGAGCUUCACCCAGCUGCUCCACAAGCUGCUACCUGGCCUCUGCUACCUGCGCCGGCGCCAGAGGAAGAGGGUUAGUCGGACCCCUCAGGACGAGGAGGAAGAGGAGACGCCCAAGGUUCGGAAGAUGCAGAAUGGGAAAGGCAAGGUGGGUCGGCCCAGGAAAGUAGUGGUGGAGCAGAGGAGAAAGGAAGAGGAGGAGAGCGAGGAAGAGGGCAGCGUGAAGAGGAAGAGCAAGCGGGCGGCGGCCACGUCCAGCCGGAGAGACUACCGAGAGCAAGGGAGUGAUGGCGAGGAGGGCGGCAACCGGAGAACUCGACAGCGGGGGGGCGAUGGUGGGGAUAGUGACGAGGAGAACGGGGCCAGCCACCGACAUUCCAAGCGGCAAAAACGUUCAUAAUGAAGUCCAGGGUGCUUCUUGUGUUUGUCUUUUCAAAUUUCUGCCCCUAAAAUGAAAACAGAACACCCCUCCCAAUUCUGAGGAAAUGGGACUCAACUUCUCAGAUGGAGUUUUUUGUGUUUUUGGUUUUAUGUUAAUAUUUUUGAGUAAAAAAAGAAACUGAUUUAUAUUUGUAAUGCGAUUUAAUAUUUGGUGACUUUUUUUCAAACAGACAUUUACAUCUAAGACGAGAGGAUUUGUCAGAGCUCUUUGAGAAUUUUAAUUUAUCCCCCUCACACCUUACAUUCUGGUCAUCCUCCCAGGUUUAAAGUUGUAAUUUAGCUUCUGUGCGGCUUGGGCUGUGAGGGAUGGGCUGUUAACCGUUGUCCAGGAAAUAACUCAUUUAUGUCGAUGUACAGUCCUCAUUCUCUGGUUUUGCUUUUUGACGGGACUAAACACUGGCCUUUGGGCAACCCAGCCGUGCGAAGGCACCAAAGCCCUUGGUGUGUGUGUCUGAAUUAUUCCUUCAGGCUACGCACCAACGGCCUAGCCAUCAUUCUGCCUAAACAUUUGAUCCAUACAGAUAAUCCAGGUUUUUACGUAUGCAAUUCAGUUUCCUGUGUUGACAAUGAAAAGACCUAUUGUAAAAUCAACGGUACAUUUUAACCCCCUCUUUCUCCAGAGGACUCUGUUCUUGUUGCAGUGUCUCAUUCCUGGUCCACCGCGUUGCCUGACCUUUCACCUCCAGAAUGUCCUCAAAUUCAGUAGAUAAUUCCCCUUAAACUCCGCCCUGUAGUUCUCUCCCUGUAAAAUUAGGGCUGCCUUUUGUGGUAGGGCUCUACUGUUUCAUUGACAUUAUAGGCAUUUAUUAUUUUAAACCACAAAUCUAAGCAUAGCCAUGGUCUAAAUGCAUGGAAAUGUGUUUUGUUAACUUGAAAAUGGGAUUUUCAUGAUUUGUUUUGUUGCACAUUUUGGCCGAAUUGAUUCAAAGGAAGUGUAUGAAAUACUUGCGAGCGAUAACCACUUCCUUCCUCAAAGAUUUGUCAGCGGUCAUCUUUAUGCCGUGUCAUCAAUACAAGGUCUGGUUAGGUUCUAGUCCGAUGUUGGCGAUCUGUGUGUGGAGGAGGGUUCGUGGACCAUGAGCCGGAUUGUUCGGUUCAAAUCCUUCAGGUUAUUACCGUUGCUUCAAACUCCUUAUUGUGUAUGUUUCCAUUCAUUAGCACCAGGUGGUGCUAUACUCCUGCACUUUUAACCAGCAUAGUGCAAGUCAUGGUCCCUUGAGAACCUCUUGUCUUGUUCAUAUCCUUUCCUUCAACAACCUCAUGCACAUUCUACUGUGGAGUAGGUGUUAAAAAAAAUCUUCUCCCUCGCUAGUGUGUGUACCCUGUACCAUAAUCGAACCUUGGAGAGCGCUAUGGUCCUUGGAGUAAUUCUCAGAUGGGGUGUUGGGGUAUCUAUUUACAGAACACCGGUUAGGUAGUCAUACAAUGCAGAUGUCUUGACUAUGGCCUGUCCUGUAUGUGCAGUUCUAUGCAGUAUGUUAGUGCUUUUCUAACACUACUGUCAUUGAAUCGUCAAGCCUAUGAUCUGAUUUUUAAUUUGGUACUUAUCAUUUGGCCAGUUUUAAAAAGCUCUUUUUUUUUUUGUACUAUUUGAAUUCUGUGUCUGAAAUGAUUGAAAUGUAAUUUUUGGCUGUUCAAUUACAUUGAAUAUUUAGAUGGAAGUGCAGAUCUAAAGAAUUGCAAAAGUGACAGCCCUCCUCAGUAAAAUUCCUGUAGUAAAUACUUUCUUUUUUUUCCGGAGGAACUAAAGUAUUUUACACGUAAAAAAUAAAUAAUUAUCAUCGCAACUGGGGUCGGGAUUGGUUGGACAGGUGUGGGGCUCACAUGUAAAGAAUCCCCCCCCCCAGGAUAUGGGUUUGAAGUUUAGAUCUCCCCUUUGUUUUGAGGUUAAUAGUAUUCCCCCAGCCAUCACUGCCAAUGGUAAACCUGAUAGAGAAUUGCCAGUGGGGAGGAGUUAGCCAUGGGACCGCAGGCUGACGUAUGUUUUCUUUACUUUUUAAUAAAACAUCAUACAAUGGUA